GCCCUGCCUGGGAGCGGGUGCCUCGCAGAUGCAGCCCUGCGUGGCCUCGGGAUGCCGAGGCUUUGCCCUCAUCGGGCGUGCCGGAAGCUCGGUGUCGCCCGUCUGGAAGGGCUCGUGCUGCGCAGCAUUCCGGGGCACUCGUGUUCUGGUCUUCCUGCUGCCCGCUGUGUGUCCAGCAAGAGCACAGGAAGGCCAUCCCCAGUGGCCAAGGCCAACGCGAGCGAGGUCUUGAAACUCGUGCACCUUUCAGGAGCGGGCCUGCUAGACGUGAACGGCACCUACGAGCUGGCGACGCCGUUCGCCCGGGCAGAGGUGUUCGUCAAGAGCUCGGUGGAGCUGGGUACCAUCUACAUUCGAAGGCAGGCCCCAGAUACUCCAGAUCGUUGGGUCGUGACUCUGUCUCCUACGGAGCGGGAAGGCCGCCACCUAUACAAGCGGGAUAGUGCCCAUGUGGGUGUUGUACAUCCACCAACCCUUGGCUGGGAAGUUUAUCCGCAUUGUGAUGGGAUAGAACGCGCUCUUUCACUCGGUGAUGCUCCACGUCUCGGGUAUUUUCAUGGAUAUGUAGGCGCGUGCGGCGACGGUCAGCCGUACUUCAGAAGCAGUAGGCAGCGCCGCACAGAACCAUAUGUUUUUCGUUCGGACACAAACUGUCUCCAGGUGUGCAUUGUCGGCGCGUCUGACCUUCAAGGAACCGACGGCGUUGAAUCCGAGUUAUACUGUGUAUGCGAGAUACAUGGCAAACCCGAAGGUGCGUUUCACACUCCACCCCAACGUGCCUCGGCCAAUCCGUUCUGGAAUCAUACAUUCGAAGUUGGGGUGUUCGAGAGCAGCGAUGCCUUGAUGUUCAGCGUGAAGAGCAAAGGGGGUCUCCUGGGCCAAGCCGUGCUUGAGCACAGCAGCAUCUACCCCGAGGGGUUCAUUGGAGAUGUCCCCCUCGUUGUGCCAAACAGCGAUUUCAAGGGGUCCAUGCUGAGUCUCUGCAUCACUCCGUCGAACCAGGAGGUUCCAGGUAUACGCUGCGAGAUCGACAAGGGCGCCGGCACUGUGGGCCUCAAACUCGUCCCAUCGGCGAGGAGGGUGUCCCUCUCGAUCGUAGCCAUCGCGGAGGGCGGCCAGGUGGACCGGUGGAAUGCGGAGAACCCUCUGCAGCGCGUCAAGGUUCGCGACCAGAUUGUUGAGGUCAACGGCACGCGGGGCGAGUGCUUCGGCUUGCUGGCGGAGCUGGCGCAGGCGAGGGGACUGCUCAGGAUGGUAGUGAUGCGCAAGCUGCCUCUUUAGUGGCUCGGCCGCGAGGGCCUGGCGCUCAAGCUCGCAGUUUUUUUGGCGGGGCGCCACGCACGUUGCGGAGCCGGGAGGAGGAGGG